GGAGGCCAGGCCGUGUCGUGAUUGCGCGCAGUGCUGCGCGCGCGUAGGCGGAGUGGCGUGCGCCGCGGUCAGCUGACUGCUCCGGCUGGCACGUGACUUGCUCUGGGCGCAGGGGUCGAGGAAGCGGAGAGGCCGGAGCUUAGGUCCGGGAGGGAUGGAGCGCUGAGCGGUUAACGUCUGCUAGGCUUCCUGCCUCCACACCUGCCGCUGCCGCCGCCUCCUGAGACACCUUCUCGGCUUCUCCCUGGGUUGCCAAAGAGGUAACAAACAUGACUGAGUUCUGGCUGAUAUCUGCUCCUGGGGAGAAAACCUGUCAGCAAACAUGGGAGAAACUACAUGCAGCGACCACCAAGAACAAUAACCUUGCUGUCUCUUCCAAGUUCAACAUUCCUGACUUAAAGGUUGGCACGUUGGAUGUCUUGGUUGGCUUGUCGGAUGAACUGGCUAAACUGGAUGCAUUUGUAGAAGGGGUGGUCAAGAAAGUGGCUCAGUACAUGGCUGAUGUGCUGGAGGACAGCAAAGAUAAAGUUCAGGAGAACUUGCUGGCCAGUGGAGUUGACUUGGUCACUUACAUAACAAGGUUCCAGUGGGAUAUGGCCAAAUAUCCAAUCAAGCAGUCUCUGAAAAAUAUCUCUGAAAUAAUUGCCAAGGGAGUGACUCAGAUUGAUAAUGACCUAAAGUCUCGGGCGUCUGCAUACAAUAACCUGAAAGGGAAUCUUCAGAAUUUGGAGCGAAAGAAUGCGUUGAACCACAAUGACUGGAUUAAGCAGUAUGAAACACUUGCAGAAAUGGUAGUACCAAGGUCGAGCAAUGUUCUUUCAGAGGACCAAGACAGUUAUCUUUGUAACGUCACCUUGUUUAAAAAAGCAGUUGAUGAUUUCAGACACAAAGCCAGAGAAAACAAGUUCAUCGUCCGUGACUUCCAGUAUAACGAGGAGGAGAUGAGAGCCGACAAAGAGGAGAUGAACCGGCUGUCCACUGACAAGAAGAAGCAGUUUGGACCACUUGUGCGGUGGCUUAAAGUGAAUUUCAGUGAGGCCUUUAUUGCGUGGAUUCAUAUAAAAGCAUUACGGGUUUUUGUGGAGUCUGUUUUAAGGUAUGGCUUGCCGGUGAACUUCCAAGCAAUGCUCCUUCAACCUAAUAAGAAAUCAGUGAAGAAGCUAAGAGAAGUGUUGCAUGAGUUGUACAAGCAUCUGGACAGCAGUGCAGCUGCCAUCAUUGAUGCUCCUAUGGAUAUUCCUGGCCUGAACCUGAGUCAGCAAGAAUACUACCCCUAUGUGUACUACAAGAUUGAUUGCAACUUGCUGGAAUUCAAGUAAAAACAAGCUCCUCCCAGUCAGUCCUGUCCUCGUGUUGGUGUGUGCUCACAGAGUUAACUCAUAACUCUCCUGCCCCAUGCUUGCUCCCUACCCUUCCCCAGGUGGAUUUCUAUGUGGUCCAUAUCUCAACAUUUGCUUUUUAAAGAAAAAAAAAAUAUAUAUAUAUAUAUUGUUUCUUUUUAUUGAUCAGGUCUGUAAAUGUGUACUGAGAAAAUCAGAGUUUAUUUAUAAAUAGAAUAGUUUAUUUAAAGAGGUAUUUUCCUCCUUGAUAUCAUGGUAUGCAUAAUCCUGUGUUACUGUAGUGCACAGCCUUGUUUACAGGGAAUGGUGUGAGCAGAUGUUUCAUUCACUGUAUUAGUAGACAUAACUGUUCAGUAGUUACCAAGUUGUGAUGUAGUGCAAUGUAACAACAUUCAGGUGUGUGCUUUCCGAAUGUUCCAACACUAUCCUGUCAGCACUGUUGACACCCACAGGACAGAAUAAAAGAACCUGUGCACGGUGUGCUGUGUGUGUGACUUGAGAGGACUCCAGGGAGCCGCAGUCUGUCUGGGCUGCUUCAGGAGUUCACUGCCGCUGAGCUGUGAACACUUGUGUCUGACUUGAAUAUGAUUUAAUUGUGCCAAAUUUGGGUCAGAGCACAAAUCAGAAGGUUAUUUUUCCAACACAUGGUGAUAUUUAUAUUUGGACACUGGGCGCUUAGCUCUCUUAAGUAAGAAGUGGGGCCAGUUUUGAAUAAAGUGCAGCAAAACUA